AUGUCAAAGACAACACUGAAUAUGGCGUUUAAAAGCUGGAUUUUUCUCAUAAUUUUGUUUGAUUCAGGAGAAACCUCUGCAGAAGAUAAGCCUUGUGAUUUGCCACUCAUAGAAAAUGGGAAGAUAGCUCAGUAUUAUUAUAGUUUUAAAAGUUAUUAUUUUCCAAUGAGUAAAGAGAAAAAGAUUUCCUAUACCUGCGUGGCUGACUAUACAACUGAAUCUGGGAGUCAAGAUGCAAGGAUAACAUGCACAGCAACAGGAUGGUCACCAGCACCAAAGUGUUAUAAAAAAUGUAGGAAACCUCUCUUGGAAAAUGGCAUCUUCUCUGAUACAAAAGUGUCCUACAAAAUAUGGGAACAAUUGCUGUACAGAUGUGCUCCCGGCUAUCAAACUCCAGGAGGUAAUGCUAAAGAAACAGUGCAAUGUCUUCCAGAAGGAUGGUCUUCUCACCCAAGCUGUGCUAAAAAGUUUGAGAGCUGUUUAGUACCAGACUUGCAUCACGGCCACUACUCCACAACCCAGCGGAUCCUCAAACUAAAUGAAACACUGAUGUAUGAAUGUGAUGAGGGAUAUCACACCAGAGGAGGAAACACUACUGAAAAGGCAGUCUGUCUCACAUAUGGAUGGUCCCUUACUCCGAACUGCACUAAAGUAAUGUGCUCCUUGUUAAGUGAGAUAGAACAUGGGAAUUUCUAUCCCAGGAAGAAAAGCUAUGAGGAAGGAGAUGUGGUUCAGUUUUUGUGUCAGAAAAAUUACUCUUUGAAUGGAUCUGAUUUAAUUCAGUGUUAUGACUUUGGAUGGUAUCCAGAGCCUCCAAUAUGUGAAGAUAGAAGAAAUAAAUGCCCUCCUCCACCUCAGCCUCCCAAUGCCAAUGUACUCACAUAUUUAAGAACAUAUCAUAAUGGAGCCAAAGUACAUUUGGCAUGUCAGCUUAAUUUUACAAUGAAAGGAUCAGAAGAAAUCCAGUGUGAGAAUGGAAAAUGGACUUCACCCCCAAGUUGCAUUGUUUCAGAAGCCAAAGAAAAAAUACCAUGUGAUCAGCCACCACCUAUUGAGAAGGGUACAGCAAUAACUGAGGACAAGAUGUAUUACACAGGAGACACUGUUAGAUACAGUUGUGAUCAUGGCUACAGUAUAAAUGGAUCAAACGAAAUAACCUGUAAAAUGGGCAAAUGGACAUCAUCUCCGAAAUGUAUUGAAACGCUGGAAACUUGCUCUUCUCCACCUGCAAUUAAAAAUGGUGUUAGUUUUGGACCAUUAUUGACAAACUACACAACAGGUUCCUCAGUAAAAUACAGAUGCUAUCGGUACCACACAUUGGAGGGUCCUGAAACUGUUUAUUGUGUACAAGGAAAGUGGACAGCUCAGCCAACUUGUUUAGAACCAUGCAUUCUUAAUGCAGAUGAUGUUAGCGAUAACAACAUAGAGAUGAAAUGGAGACUGGAAGGAGAGUUAUUUUUCCUGCAUGGUGACACUAUAGAUUUUGUAUGUAAACAGGGAUACUAUUUGUCAUCCUCCAGCAGGCAGUCUCAGCUAACAGUACAGUGUACCCAUGGAAAACUCAGAUAUCCAACAUGCAUUAUGAAAGAUCCCAAAGAAAAAUGUGGCUCCCCCCCUAUUAUUAAGAAUGGAGAAGUUAUUGACCGACGACUGACAGAAUAUGAGAAUGAUUCUUCAGUUGAAUAUACUUGCUUUGAUCAUCAUUUUUUGCAAGGGUCCAAUAAAGUCUAUUGUUCCAAAGGACAAUGGACUACCCCACCAGAUUGCAUAGAACCAUGCACUUUAUCGAAGGAUGUAAUGGACAAAAAUAACUUAAUACUGAGAUGGAGUUUUGAUGACAAAUCUUAUUUUUUCCAUGGGGACUACAUUGAAUUUCUAUGUAAAGAGAAUCAUUAUGGAGCACCAUCAACCUCAGAGUUUGAUUUUAGAGUACAGUGUAGCAGAGGACAGCUGACAUAUCCAAGAUGUGUUGAGAGAGGAAGGUAAGGCUAAGGCAGUAUUUAAUUUGAAAUUUGUAC